GAAAUUGUAGAUCUCAAGUCAGAUCAAGAUGCUGUCCGCAAGGAAAUGAGUAACUUCGUCGACGCAAUAAAGACCAUGAAGGAAGAGUCUUCAAAACGAACUCAGGAGCUUCAGGUCUCCGAGCGGGAGAAGAUGAACCUGAUGACGCAGCUUCAGCGGCGCGAUGCGGAGGUGAAGGGCCUUCAAGACAAGCUUAAGGAGACGCAACUGCUGUUGAAAACGGAAAGCGAGGUAGCCAACGCAGCGUUGGCUAUAGCGAAACAGGAAAAGGAGGGUGAGCGCGUUCGUUACCUUGAAGAGCUGAAGAGGAACGUGGACAAGCAGAGACAAGCGGCGACGGUCCGAAUCCAGUUGGAAGACCAGGUUGAAGCUCUGAAGUCGCAGCUGAAGGAUCUGAAAGAGCAGGACGAAGCGAAGGUUACAGUAAACGCGGAGUUAUCCAAGAAGCUGAAGGAUGCACACACUGAGAUCGAGCGGCUGAAGCGCGCGGAGAAGGAGGCGAAGGGGGCGCAAGGCACGAAGGUGGAGCUGGAGGAGGCGAAGAGGGCGCUGGAGGAAGCGGAGUUCAAGAAACGCGACUUCGCGGAAAAGCUCGUUGCUUCUCAGUCCAGCGCUACUCGCCUCAAGGAGCAGGCGGCUCAUCUGACUGCGAAACUCCAAGACCAGCGUCGGGAGCGGGAAAAGCUGGAGAAGCAAAUGGACCAACUCGCAGCAGGAUCCGGCAGCGCGGAGCAACUGACGGCAGCUGUGCGUAAAGAGAACGACGAGCUUAAAGCCCGGGUUUCCCUGGCGGAGCAGCGCUUGGCGGACAACCAGCGCCUGGAGGUGGAGUUCAAGGCAAUGACGGGGCAGCGCGCGGACCUGGAGCUGCAGGCGGAGAUGGCGCGCAUGGGGAAGGAAAGCGCGGAGAAGCGCGCGGUGGAGGCGGAAGGGAAGGUGAAGAUGGCGGAGGAUGAGGGGAGACGCGCGGUGUGUGUGCUGGAGGAGAAGAUGAAAGGGAUGCAAUGGGAGAAGGAGCAGCUUGCGGAGGAGCUGCAGGCGGCGGUGAGGGGGAGAGACGCGGAGAAGGGGGAGCUGGCGGGGAAAAUUGCGUGCCUGGAGGCGGAACUUGCGGAGAUGAAGCGCGAGGCGGGGAGAUUGCAGGAUGCGGCGAAGGAGGCGGGGAGGCAGAAGGCGGUGGAGGUGGAGCGGUUGCAGAGGGAGCUGGAUGCGGCUGCUGCUGCACUGGAGGAGGUGAAGCUGAAGUGUGGGGAAGCGGAGGAGGCACUGCGCGCGGAAAAGGAGCGGAGGCACGCUGAGGUGGCGGCUGCGGUUGGUUCCGCGGAGAGGAAAUGCGCGGAGUUCGAGGAGAGGGUGGCGGGACUGCUGAAGGCUGUUGAGAGGCUGGAGAGAGAGAACGCGGAGCUGAUCGGAAAGGUGGAGCUCGGUGAGGAGGAGUGCAGACGGGUGUUGAAGCAGAGCCAUGAGGCCGAAUUGAAGGUGGGACGGCUUGAGAAAGAGUUGAAGGGGGUGGUGGAGGAAAGGGAGAGGAUGGGGAACGAGAUGGGUGUUGUGCGCGCGGCUCUGAAGGAUGCGGAGCGGCGCAUGGAGGCGCAGGCACAGGAGGCGCGCGCGCAGCUGCGCCAGUCGUACGAGGCGACCAAGGAGGAGGCGCGGAAGACGGGCGCGGAGAUCGAGGUGCUACGGCGGGAGGUGGAGGUGCGCGCGAGCGAGGUGGCGGAGUUGGUGCGGAGGGCGGAUGCGGCGGAGGCUGCGGCGGCGAAGGAGGCGGAACGGCGGUUGGCGGAGAGCAGCGCUGCGGAGAGUGCGCGCGCGAAGCUGGAAGGCAGGUGCCGGGAGGCGGAAGAACGCGUAGUGCAACUGCAAGGGGUGGUCGCUGGGGAGGAGGGAGAGAUCGCCGGGCUUCUGGAGCGAGCGACGGCAGCUGAAGCGGCCGGAAAGAAGGCAGAGAGCGAGCUUUGGGCGAUGGAGGCGGCGAAGGAAAAGGCGGAGACCGAGCUCGAGCGCGUGACGGCGGAAUGCGAGAGACUGGCGCAAGAGAUGGGGAUCCUGCGCGAGGUGGUGGAGGAUGUUGAAGGGCGCGUGGAGCGGGAGGCGAGUGAGGCCGCUGGACUACUGGUGAAGCUCACCGUUUUAGAGAAGGAGGUUGUAGGGCUGAGGUGGGAAGUCGAGGAGGAGAGGGCGAGGGCGGAGGAUGCUGUGAGGGAGAAGGCGGAGGCGUGCGGGGAGGUGGAGGAGGGGAGGGGGAAGAUUUCCGCGCUGGAGCGUGUGGUGGAGGAGGUACGAGAAGCGCUUGCUGCUGCAACGGCGGAUGCGGAGAUGGAGAAGGCUGGGAGGGACGAGGCGGCGGCGGAGGUUGCGCGCAUGGAGCCGGAGAUGGCGCGGGAGAGGGAGGAGAUGGGGGCGAAGGUGGCGGAGCUUCAGGCGCAGGUGGAUAAGCUGGCUUGUGAGGUGGAUGCGGCGGGGGAUGAGCAGCAGGCGAUGCAGGCGAGGAUUGACGAGCUGCUGCGCGACGUUUCGCAGCUGUCACACGAUAAGGGUCGCAUGGCGGCGGAGCUGAGCGAGGUUCAAGCGGCAGUCGUUGAGAAGGAAGCGGCUGUGGCCCGCGCGGAGGAGCGGCUGGCGGAGAUUGAGCAGGAGGCGGAAGGACUGCGAGGGCAGUUGCGCAACGCGCAGGCUGACGCGGAGAAGGCGGAGAGGGCGGCGGAAGAGGAGAGGGCUGGGCGGGAGGAGGCGGAAGCGAAGGUGAGCGAGUUGGAGGAGAGGGUGCAACGGCUGGAGGGGAAAUACGAGGAGGAGAUCGGAGUGCUUCAGAAGAGGGUCGCGGAGUUGAAGCGGGAGCUGUCGGCGGAGCAGGAGCGCCGGCGCGAAGAGGUGGAGCAGCUGGCGGAACAGCUGGAGGAGGCGCGCGUGGCGCUGGAAGGCGCGCGCGCGGAGGAGAAGCGCGCGAGGGAGGAGGCGGACCGGCUGGACGGGGAGCUGGCAGCUGCGGUGCUCGCCACUGGAGCUGCGCAGCGGGAGCUUCAGGCGGAGAGGGCUGCGCGCGAGCUGGUUGAAGAGAAGGUUGCAGAGAUGGAAAAGGAGAGGGAGGCGAUGAUGCGAGAUCACGAAGAUAUGGUGGUGGCGCUGCAGCAGGAGAUGGAGAGCGAGCGGGAAGAGGCAGCGAAGGAGAAGGCGUGGAGGCGGAGCGAGGUGGAGGAGGUGAAGGGAGAGAUGGGGUCGAUCGUGGUGGGGCUGGAAGGUAAACUGGCGGAGAUGGGAGCGCGGGAGGGGAGGAUGGAGGAGGAGGCGCGGCGGAAGCAGGAGGAGGUGGAGGCGUUGGAAAAGCGGGUGAAGGAGCUGGAGUGGGAGAUGAGGCGGCGGAACGAGGAGCAGCGGCAGGGGCUGAUGGCGGCGGUGCAGCGAGGGGUGGAGAGUGGGCGCGUGGGGGAUGCGCUGGUGGAGGAGGUGAGGGAGCUGCUGGUGAGGCUGGAGCAGGAGGGGGUGCGCGCGCAGCAGGUGGUGCAGAUGGAGGAGCGGAUGCGUGAGCUGGAGGCCAAGCUGCAAGACGCAGAUGAGCAGCUUGCUGAGCUGGCGGACAAGGAGGAACAGCUGUCGGCGUCUGAGUGGACCAUUGAGCGGAUGGGCGAGGAGCUGAAGCGCGCCAAGGAGGGCACUGAAGUCCGCAAGGUGGAGGUGUCCCAGCUGCAGCACCAGUUGCUGUGCGCCUCCGCCACCCUGGAGGAGCGCGAGAAGGACCUGGACGCGCUCAGGCGCAUGCUGGAGGAGUCCAAUGGCAAGCGCUGGCGACGCGCGCGGCAGAUCAAGCGCAUGGAGUGCGAGCUGGCUGCGCUGAGGGAGGAGCUCGGGCGGGAGAGGAAGCGGCGGAGGCCGGAGGGGAGCGGGGCAGAUGGCGGGGAGGAGGAGCGUGAGGGGAGCCCCAUGCGGUUGGCUUCUGGGUCGGCGCUUGCAGUUGGAUUGGGACGAGCUCAGCAGGAGGGAAGCGGGACGCCUGGGCUCAUCUUGGCGCCGAAUCCUGGGCAGAGUGGGCUGUAUGCGAGGAGGUUUAGGAGCCGGGUGGCUGCUAUGGCUGCUGAGGGUAGGGAGGGGGUUGUGGAGAAGGGUGAGACGAAUGACAGUGCAGGUGGAGGGAUGCAGGGGGGUGAAGUGGUGGGAGUGUUUGAGUUCAAAUCUCCUGCUGCUGCUCGUGCUGCUGCUUCUCCUGCUUCAGCUGCUCGUGGUGUUGCUGCUCCUGCUGCUGCUGUUGCUGGUGCAGCUGCUGCUGGUACGCCUGCUAAGUUUGCAACAGAAGGUGGUUUCAAUGCAGUCAUGGCAGGUGCUGCAGAGGAGGAAGAGGACGAGGAGGAAGCACCCAAGGCACUGAAUUUCGACCUGGUGGAGCAGGAAGAGGAGACUGGCGCAGGAGUCCUGGGUGGAGAGAAGGUAGCCUUGGAGGCAGACCAGAGCAGCAAGGGCGCGGCAGAAGCUGUGGUUGCAGAAGAAGAGUCAGCGGAAGAGGAGCUUGCGGCCUUGAGGUCUCGCUUUGAGCAGGAUGUGAUGGGCGAGAUAAUGGAGGGCUUCGAUGCCGAGGUUUCUCAGCUCCAGAAGCAGCUGGGCGAGGCUGAGAAGAAGCAGGCAGGAGAAGCGGCUGCUGAUGUUGCUGUUGCUGCUGCUGGGGCUGCUGCUGAGGUGAUGGAGGGGCUUCAGGAGGAGGUAUCUCGGCUUCAGCAGCAGCUGGGCGAGGCUGAGAAGAAGCAGGAAGAGGCGGAGGAGGAAGCAGCACAGGCGAGCGUGAAGCUUGCAGUGCUGGAGAAGGAGCUUUCUGCUGCUGAAGCGGCGGGAGGAGUGGUGAAGGCGCUUCAGGAGGAGGCAGCGCAGGCGAAGCUGAAGCUGACGGUUCUGGAGAAGGAGCUUGCUGCUGCCGAAGCGGCGGUUAUGCAUGAGAGGAGGGCUGCUGCUGCCGUGAGGGUUGACUUGUCUGCUGUGACAAGCGAGCGUGACGGGUUGCUGCAGAAGGUGGUGAAUCUGGAGCAGCAGGAGCAUGCAGUUGUGGAGGCAACGGGGGGUGCGGAAGGGAAUGAGAUGGGGAGUGAGGUUGCUGCGAUGAAAGCUGAAGUUGCUGCUAUGGUGGGUGAGAGAGAUGGGCUGCUUGAGAAGGUGGUGGAGCUGGAGAAGCAGGUGCAGGCUGCUGGUGAGGAGACGGGUGGAAUGGAGGAGAGGUUGUUGGAGGGGGAUGCUGAGAGGCAGCGGCUGGUGGCAGCUGUGCAGCAGAAGAGUGAGGAGAUUGAACGGCUGGAGUUGAUGGUUGCAAAGAUGGGUAAGAGAGGGCACUCGGAGCGCAUGGGGACGGUCAUUGCUGCUGGUGAGGGGAUGGGAGUGGGCGCUGGGGAGGCGGAGCCAGGGAGUGGGGAUGAGGAGGCAGUGAACAGUGGCGUAGUGGAUGGAGAGCAGGGAUUGGACGGGGAGGUGAGGAGGCUGCAGGGGCUGGUAGGGGAGAUGAAGGGGAGGGAGGAAGCAGCAAAGAAGUUGGCAGCAGAGAAGGCUGCUCUGGCUCAGCGGCUGGAGGGGAAGCUGAAGAAGGUGGAAGGGGAUUUGAAGGAGAGGGAGGGGAAAGAGGCGCUGCUGAAGCGGCAGUGCAAGAACGCAGAAGGGGAGCUGGAAGCUGCAAAGGAGGAGGUGAAGUCUGCAGUGCAGGCGAGGCAGGAGAUUGAGGCACAGGUGAGGGUCAUGGCGGAGGAGGCUGCAGGGCUGAAGCGGGCGGCUGAUGAGGCGGAGAAGGGACGCCAGGAAGCCGAAGCGAAGCUGGCAGGAGCUGACGGGCAGCUGAGGAGGCUUGAGGCGGAUUUGGAGGAGGUCCGGGCAGCAAAAACUGCUCUUGAGGGUGAGGAGGGAGAAAGGGUGCUGCAGCUUCAAGCUGAAGCGGAGAAGUUGAGGGAGAAGGUUGCGGAGUAUGAAAGGCAAGAGGAGGAGGCGCAGGUGAGUGCGGCAGCUGCUGCGGAGAGGGUUGAGAAGGAGCUGAAGGUGAGUGCUAGCCGGGUGAGUCAGCUGGAGAAGGAGGUGGAGAGGCGGAAGCAGGGGGAGAAGGAGCUGAGGAAGGAAGUUCAGAGGCUUGAAGGAGAGAGGGAUCUGAGUAAGAAGCUGUUGGCUGCAAAGGAGAUCGGCGAGGGGAUUACGGCACGAGGGGAGGGGAAUCGUACCAUGGGAGCGAGCAACCGUGCUGCUGGGGGUGGGGUGGUGUUUCCGCGGGUGGUGAGCGAGGCUGGUGCGGAGGAAGGGGGGGUGGGUGCAGGGCGGUCUGCACUGAGGUCUCGGACAGGGGAGAAUGGGGCGGGAGUGGAGGCGAUGGGUGGGAGGGGGAAUGUGAACAAGAUGAUUGCUGGUUUCUCUGCUGCCUUCCGUGCUGCCAGCCCCACCAAGGUUGUGAAGCCGCAGCAACAUUCUAAGGCGUCUGGGCUGGAAGGGAUUGUUGCGGUGGACAAGGAGAACGAGGGAGUGUAG